CAUGGGAGCAAGGAACACCAUGAGAGGUACAAGAGGUCAUAGCCUUGAGCCUUCACUGCAAGAGAGAGAGGGAGAGAACUCAGCUAGUAUCACUUCUUUUCCACACAAAGAGGGAGAGACAUCAUCUCCAAACACAAUCUAACAUGGCCCUUCACCAGCGUAAAUUGGUUUUCAUUUUCGGCCUCCUGGGCAACAUCAUCUCUUUCAUGGUGUUCCUUGCUCCAAUGCCGACCUUUUAUUAUAUAUACAAGAAGAAAUCUGCUGAAGGAUUUCCGUCAUACCCUUAUGUGGUUGCCCUAUUCAGCUGCACUCUUGGGAUAUACUCCGCGCUUGUCAAGAACAACGUGACCUUACUUCUCAUCACCAUUAACUCCUAUGGAAUUAUGAUCGAGAUAAUCUACCUCGCCAUUUUCCUCUUCUAUGCUCCCAAGAAGCUCAGGCUUGCGACCAUUAAGCUUCUUCUGUUACUGAAUGUGUUUGGGUUCGGAGCCAUGCUUCUGUCCACUCUGUAUCUUUCUCACGGAGACACUCGUUAUCAGAUCAUAGGAUGGAUUUUCCUGGUGGUUAACAUCGGCGUCUUCGGUGAUCCUCUCUUAAUCAUUAGAAAAGUUAUCAAGACCAAGAGUGCGGAACAGAUACCAUUCACUUCGUCCAUGUCUCUGACGGCAGAUGCUGUGAUGUCGCUCUGCUACGGCCUUUUCCGCAAGGACUAUUUCAUUGCCCUGCCAAACGCUCUUGGGUUCCUGAUCGGCAUAGUUCAGAUGGUGCUUUACUUAAUGUACAGAAACGCCAAGCCAGUGGUUCUAGAGGAUCCAGUGGAGAUUCAAGAGCUAUCUGCUGACCAUGUCGUAUGA